ACAGGUCCCGCCUCCCCGGGCCGCGUGCACACACACGCCCACCGCGGCUCGGGCCGGCGGAGCGCGGGCGAGAGUGAGCGCCACUGUGCGCCCGCCGCGGAGCCGCUCUGCCCGCUCCUCGCACCCUGCCCAGGGCAUCUCGAGAGCCUGGAAACGUGAACAGGCUUAAAGUAUGGCAUGUGGCAAAGAUGGUUUCUGCCAAGAAGGUACCCGCGAUCGCGCUGUCCUUCGGGGUCAGUUUCGCCCUCCUGCGCGUCCUGUGCCUGGCGGUUUGUUUAAACGAAUCCCCAGGACAGAACCAAAAGGAGGAGAAAUUGUGCCCGGAAAAUUUUACCCGCAUCCUGGACAGUUUGCUCGAUGGUUAUGACAACAGGCUGCGUCCUGGAUUUGGGGGUCCUGUUACGGAAGUGAAAACUGACAUAUAUGUCACCAGCUUUGGACCUGUUUCCGAUGUUGAAAUGGAAUACACAAUGGAUGUGUUCUUCAGACAGACGUGGAUUGACAAAAGACUGAAAUACGAUGGCCCCAUUGAAAUUUUGAGAUUGAAUAAUAUGAUGGUAACAAAAGUAUGGACCCCUGAUACUUUUUUCAGGAAUGGAAAGAAAUCUGUCUCACAUAAUAUGACAGCUCCAAACAAGCUUUUUAGAAUCAUGAGAAAUGGCACUAUCUUAUACACAAUGAGACUCACCAUAAGUGCGGAGUGUCCCAUGAGAUUGGUGGAUUUCCCCAUGGAUGGUCAUUCAUGCCCUUUGAAAUUUGGGAGUUAUGCAUAUCCGAAGAGUGAGAUGAUCUAUACCUGGACAAAAGGUCCUGAGAAAUCAGUUGAAGUGCCAAAGGAGUCUUCCAGCUUAGUUCAAUAUGACUUGAUUGGGCAAACCGUAUCAAGUGAAACCAUCAAAUCAAUUACUGGUGAAUAUAUUGUUAUGACGGUUCACUUCCACCUCAGACGGAAGAUGGGUUAUUUUAUGAUUCAGACGUAUAUUCCAUGCAUUAUGACAGUGAUUCUUUCUCAAGUUUCAUUCUGGAUAAAUAAAGAAUCGGUUCCAGCUAGGACUGUAUUUGGAAUAACCACAGUCCUCACCAUGACCACACUAAGCAUCAGUGCACGGCAUUCUUUGCCCAAAGUGUCCUAUGCUACUGCCAUGGAUUGGUUCAUAGCUGUCUGCUUUGCUUUUGUAUUUUCGGCCCUUAUUGAGUUUGCUGCUGUCAACUAUUUCACUAAUAUUCAAAUGGAAAAAGCCAAAAGGAAGACAUCAAAACCCCUUCAGGAAAUUCCAGCUGCUCCAGUGCUGAGAGAAAAGCAUCCUGAAGCACCUCUGCAGAAUACACAUGCCAAUUUGAGCAUGAGAAAAAGAACAAAUGCUUUGGUUCACUCUGAAUCUGAUGUUGGCAACAGAACUGAGGUGGGAAACCAUUCGGGCAAAUCUUCUACGGUUGUUCAAGAAUCUUCUGGAGCCACACCUCCGUCUUGCUUAGCUUCCAGUCCGAACCCAUUCAGCCGUGCAAGUGCAGCUGAGACUAUAUCUGCUGCAAGAGCACUUCCACCCGCUUCUCCUGCUCCUAGUCGAACUGGGUAUGUGUCCCAGCCAGCUUCAGUUGGAUCUGCUUCUACUCACCGUACUUUUGGAUCAAGGCUGGAGCGGAUUAAAACCACUGUUAAUACUAUAGGGGCUUCUGGGAAGUUGUCAGCCGCUCCCCCUCCUUCUGCUCCACCACCUUCUGGAUUUGGCACAAGUAAAAUAGACAAAUAUGCCCGUAUUCUCUUUCCAGUCACAUUCGGGGCAUUUAACAUGGUCUAUUGGGUUGUUUACUUAUCUAAGGACACUAUGGAGAAAUCAGAAAGUCUAAUGUAA